UCGUUUUCCCUCGGAAAUUGUUUGGUUGCCGCGAAAAAGUUUCCCGGGAAAAUUUGGGCGCCUAAAUGGAACUCGAAAUCAACCAAAGACGAAUCUCGAUUUUCUCUUCCCGCCAUCGUCACGCUUUCCCCUCCUUAAAAUGAACCACCAAAGCCUCCUCAAUCUCUUCCCUUCCAGGUCAAUCGAUUCGGAGAGCCUGAAAUGGACAUCUCCGACAUUGCGAAGAAGCUCGGGCUCUCACAGUCGAAGCACGUCAUCGGAAAGGCAGGCGAACUCCGCCGCCUCUCCGAGAUCCAAUUUGACUGCUCCGCCAUCGGCAUCGGGGAGAUUUGUAAGGCCGUAAUCUGCUUGGAAAUCGCUGCUGCAAGGUUUGAGGUUCCGUUUGAGCGGCAGAAUGCGAUAAAGUUGAGCGGAAUGUCUGAGAAAGCCUACAAUCGGUCCUUCAACGCAAUGCAGAAUGGCCUAGGCGUCAAGAACAAGCUUGAUGUCCGAGAACUGGCUAUUCAGUUUGGAUGCGUUCGGCUCAUUCCUCUCGUCCAGAAAGGGUUUUCACUGUACAGGGACCGAUUCCUUAAGUCAUUGCCCGCUUCUCGCCGUGCCAGUGCUGAUUUUUCUCGGCCUGUAUUCACUGCCGUGGCAUUCUAUUUGUGUGCCAAGAAGCAUAAGCUGAAAGUUGACAAGCUUAGGUUAAUUGAGGUCUGUGGUACAUCGGAAUCUGAGUUUUCCAAUGUGUCCACCUCCAUGAAGGACCUUUGCCAUGAUGUGUUUGGGAUAGAAAAGGAAAAGAAGGAUCCAAGGACUGUGAAAGGGAACAGAGACUUGCUGGAUGUGUUACCAGAAAAAAGGGCAUCUGAGGAUGGCGGUUAUUUAUCUGAUGAUGGAAAUAUGUCGAGUUACAAGAAGCGUAAAAUCCAUGAGAAACAUGAUUAUGAGGACUGGAAAUCUGCUGUUAUGAAGUCCAAUGGCCAUGGCAAGGCAAAAGUUCCUGACAAGAGGACCAAGCAAGCAAAACUUGAUUUUCUGAAAGAAGUUCCUGAAACCCACAAGGUUGAGGCUAUUUGAGAAGCACGUUUCAUUUUAGUUUUAUUUUCCUCAAAUUUCAUUGGGAGAAGGUAAAGUUUCUCAAUGAGAAACUCUUUAUGGGCUACAUUUUCCUUUUUCCUUGCAGUUUUUGCUCUUGUGAUAAUUUUGAUGCUUUAGAAGGAUUAUGAAUGGGGUGAUAUUCAGAUGUUGCUUCAAUGCAUAGGUUUGUUUUGUACAGAAGGGAAAAUGCUGUAUAUGAUUCAAUAUAUACCUUUGAUUAUAGAACAUAUAUCUUCUGAAGUCUGCCUACUCGGUUUCUCUUCUCUGGUUUUCAAAAUGGGAUUUGUACAAAAGUUAUUUUAAACUUGAGAAGGGAUAUAUAAUGGAUGACAGGUGAGUAGAAUGUGUUUCUUGAAUUACUGUUCAGACAUAUUAAUUAUAUAAAUAUACUCGAGAAGGGAUAUAU